CCACAUACACGCACACGUAAACACACAAUUUGACACUGAAACGAAUGAUUUUCAUCUCUCCCUUUCUCUCUCUUUCUCUCUCUCUCUCUCUCUUUCUCGACUUUUUUCCCUCAUUUCUAUUGCUUUGCAAAAGGCAACCCAUGUGUGAGGCCUGAAACAUCGCUACGCGAACGAUUGUAUUGUGCAGGCUGACUGAAUUGGCAUUUUUUUCUCUCUCAAUUGUGAUUUUGCUCAUUUUUCUCUGUGAGUGGCAUGAGUGACAGUUUUUGUGGACAUUUUUUGUUUCACCAAUUUCACAAGCGAUUCGAAUUUAAAAAAGUUGAUUCGCGUGGUACUACAAUUGAAUUUGGGUUCCGCCAUUAGUUCACUUUUUCUCUCUCUCUCUCUCAGUGUGUGUAUGAGUGGUGACCGAAAGUUGAUUUAGUUGUUGUAUUUAUUCACUUGAUGUGAAUUUCUCUUACAAAAAGGUCAUCAUCAUCAUCAUUCAAUAAUUUUUUGACAUACACUUGAAUAAAAGUCGCAUUUGUGAUAAAUUAAACAUCGAAUAUGUCGACGGCAAAGUGUGCAAGUCUACUGAAGCAGGAAUUUCCAUCAAUUGAUGACGAAAUGAAACAGUAUAUUGAAGGUGUACUGGACAGUGGCAUGGACGAUUUUGAAUCGAGUGAUGACUUGUACGAAGCUAUUGGUGCAAUUUUACAUGAAGUUUCCAUUGAAAAAUCCGAAAAUGAUAUCCGGGAUUUAUGCGAACAGCUGCUGUGCUUGAUGAAACCGAAAGACCAGAAAAAAAGUGGCGUACAAAAAGUUCUCGAUGCACCGAUUAAUCUUGCUCAGAUGGCUGCCAAUGCUGAAAACAAUGCCGAUGUGUCCAGUAUUUGGGUCAUCAAUCGUGAUGAUAAUCUCAAAGUCGAUUCAAAGAAACUGGAAAAAGCCGAACAAAAAUUACAACAAAAGUUAGAAAAACGUGCUGAAGUGCCGAAAGGGCCAUCGGCACCAAUUCAACUGCAACAAGCGACCGCAUCACAGGUCAUCAACAAAAAAGAUAGCCAAAUGGAUGCCAAAGGCACCAAUCGUUCCAUGGACAUUCGAAUCGAAAACUUUGACGUUUCCUUUGGUAAUAAAGUGUUGCUACAGAAUGCGGAUCUAUUGCUGGCAAGUGGUCGACGAUACGGUUUGGUGGGGAGAAAUGGUCUUGGCAAAACCACAUUGCUGCGAAUGAUUUCGGAGAAACAAUUACAAAUUCCAUCACAUAUCUCGAUAUUGCACGUUGAACAAGAAGUCAUUGGCGAUGACACCACCGCUUUGGCCAGUGUACUCGAGUGUGACUUUGUGCGAGCACGAUUAUUGGCCGAAGAGAAAGAAAUCAAUAGUCAAAUCAAUGCCGGCGCUGCAGAUCCUGAACUCAAUAAGAAACUGACGGAAGUGUAUGCUGCUUUGGAAAAUAUCGAUGCGGACAAGGCACCAGCACGGGCAUCGGUCAUUUUAAAUGGUUUGGGCUUCAACAAAGAUAUGCAAGCACGUGCCACGAAAACCUUUUCGGGCGGAUGGAGAAUGCGUCUCGCCUUAGCUAGAGCGCUAUUCUCACGGCCUGACCUUCUGUUGCUUGAUGAACCGACCAACAUGUUGGACAUAAAAGCAAUCAUUUGGUUAGAAAAUUAUCUGCAAAAUUGGCCAACAACGCUGCUGGUUGUUUCUCACGAUCGUAACUUCUUGGACACCGUACCAACCGACAUUCUUCACUUGCAUACGCAACGUAUCGAUGUAUACCGUGGCAAUUAUGAGCAAUUCGACAAAACACGAACCGAAAAAAUGAAAUCACAACGCCGUGAAUAUGAAGCUCAAUUGGCGCAUCGGCAACACGUGCAAGAAUUCAUCGAUCGCUUCCGUUACAAUGCCAAUCGAGCGGCUAGCGUUCAGUCGAAGAUUAAAAUGCUAGAGAAAUUACCGGAAUUGAAGCCCGUGGAAAAAGAAGUCGAGGUGGUAUUGAAAUUCCCCGAAGUUGAGCCACUAAAUCCGCCUGUGCUGACGCUCAACGAGAUUGCAUUUAAAUACAACAAGGACAAAGUGAUUUUCACGUGUGUGAAUUUAAGUGCCAAUUUGGAUUCGCGAAUCUGUAUUGUGGGUGAGAAUGGAGCGGGUAAAACGACACUGUUAAAAAUUGUCAUGGGCAUUUUGUCGCCAACAAGUGGAACGAUAUCACAGCAUCGUGGUUUGAAAGUGGGCUAUUUUGCGCAACAUCACGUCGAUCAAUUGAAUAUGAAUACGACGUGUGUUGGUUUGUUACAAGAGGCCUUCCCUGGUCGGCCCGUUGAAGAAUAUCGUCGUCAACUCGGUGGUUUUGGAAUAUCCGGUGAUUUGGCACUGCAACUGGUCGCCAGUUUGUCGGGAGGGCAAAAAUCCCGUGUUACACUCGCCAAAAUGUGCAUGGCACGACCAAAUUUCCUCAUUCUCGAUGAACCGACCAAUCAUUUGGACAUCGAAACAAUUGCGGCACUGGGCAAAGCUCUGACCACAUUCCAAGGUGGCUUGAUUCUCGUUUCUCACGAUGAACGACUCAUUCGUGUCGUAUGCAAAGAGCUGUGGGUGUGUGGCAACGGUACGGUGACCAAUAUUGAAGGCGGCAUCGAUUGUUAUAAACAAAUCAUUUUGGACGAACUCAGCGAAGCCAGCAAAUAAAACACAAAACAAAUACCACAACCUACCUGUUUUAUAUUUGAUUUAAUAUUUCAAUAAAUUUUCGUUGAACAAUUAUUUAAAACAGAAAAA